AUGCUCAGCUUUAGCUAAGUGAGAAAACUAGGGUGGAAUGAAGAAUAAGGAGUAGCAACCAAACCAGAGAGAGAGAGAGAGAGACUCAAGGGUUCGUCCUUCGUUCUCGUUUUUCAAAUCAAAGCAAAACUCACGAAUUCCCAAUUUCGUAACUACUCUGCUACCCGCGAAGAAGAAGAACCCUCGUUUUCUCGUUCCGUCACCAACAAAUCACAAUCGCACAAAUCUCCGAACCCUCAAAACGCCUGCGUUUCACGCUAAAUGCUUCACCACACACUCAUCCUCCGCUAGUUGCUGCUUUGCUGAGCAUCACUCUCUUCCAUGGCUCUUCCAUUCGGCAAGAUCACGAUCCUCCUUGGUGCAGGUCUUGUUGGUUCGGUCCUCGCAAAGGAGGGGGGUCUUCCUGAUAUCUCUAGUGUUGUCUCCGGUGCUUACAAGGUUUUUUGGAAGCUAGGUAAAAGCGAGGAGUCUGCUCCAGCUGGUAAAAAGCCACAUAAUGAUGCUUUGAUUGCUCAGGUUAACAGCCUUCGGCAGGAACUACAACUCCUUGCUAGAGAUAGAUCAAUCACAAUUGUAAAUGCAAGUGGAACAGGUGGGAAGAAAUAUGUCACAGUGCUUGUUAUUGUUGUGGCAGGAUAUGGCUAUAUUUGGUGGAAGGGAUGGAAACUUCCUGAUUUGAUGUUUGCGACAAGGCGUGGUUUAUCUGAUGCUUGCACAUCUAUUGGUAAUCAGAUGGGGAAGCUAUAUGAAUCAGUUGAGGAUGCCAAAAAGAAGUUAUCUGCUAGAAUCAACCGUCUGGAUAAAAGUUUAGAUGAAUGUGCUUCCCUUACUGAAACUACCAGGGAGGAGAUCUCGGUAAUUCAACAGGAAGCAGAUACAAUAAGCGGAGAUUUCAAGUCUGUGCGAGUUGCUGUCCAUGUCCUGGAAUCGAAAAUCAAAGAAAUAGAAAAGAAGCAGGUGGCCACAACUGAAGGAGUAUAUAGGUUAUGCAAUAUUUCUACAGAGAUUCAGGCAUCUUUAAUCAAUUCUCCCAAGCCUGCAAGUGAGCUACCACCAGUUUCCCCUUCUUCUAGGGCUACGCUGCCGGGUCCUUCAAGGCUAUCUCUUGAGCCACCAUCUGCUACACCAUUGUCAAGGAAUGGAUCUAUGCCUCCGGCUUUGUCAAUUGAUCCUCCUUCUCCAUCGAAUUCUGCUGGAUCUUACCAGGAGGAUGCUGAGAUUUCAGAGGAGAUGAAUUACACAAAUAAUCGCACAAAUUCAAGCAUAAUUCCUCCUAAAGAUGUUCAAACCCACAGUUCCAGUUCUGGCUUGUUUGGGAAGUUUACCGGCUAUGCACCGUCGUUUCUGACGAGAACACGCAGUGCAACAGAUUCAGUUGUACAGCAAAUCCGCUCGAGUAGUUAACAAAAACAGGCCUGUUUUUGUUUUUUCAGUGACAUCAAUUAUAAGUUGUGCCCAAGCCAGUCUUGAAUAGAAAUGACUGGGCAGUGAAUUUUUGUAGAGCUUCUGUUCCAUUCAGCUUCAUGAGGAUUAAACUUCAAAAACUAUUAGUUUGUUCCAUAUUGAACUGUUAAAUCCGAAAAGAGGUUUAAAAAAGAAGAAAGGGAAAAGUCUAUUGAAUUGUUUUGUUCACUUUAGUUUUGAAUAAAGUACAAAAUCUAUAGAACUUUAGUUUAAUUGUCGGGCCAUUCUUAUGCCCUUGUAUAUGGUAUUCAUGGUUCCUUAGCUAUUAUAUUCAAGAAGACCUCGAUUUUAAUUAUGAAA